GAUUGAUGAGAUCAAGAUUUGGAUUCGUUUCGUACUCUGGAAAAAUGAGUCAAAAAAAACUCUGAAACGAAAUUCACAUGUUGUUGAAAUUGAAGGAUAAAGAAACACAGGAAGAAGAAGAAGAAGAAAAAGAGUUGUUGUGUGAAUAAAGGGGUGAAUUAGGUUUGUGAUCGAUUGAUUGAUCGAAGAGAGAAGAGAUAGGGAAAUGGGGGAUCAAGUUGAGGGAACGGUUCAGAACAUUCUGGAUCAGGAUACUCUGAAGUGGGUCUUCGUCGGUGGCAAAGGCGGCGUUGGUAAAACGACAUGCAGUUCGAUUAUCUCCAUUCUCCUUGCAACCGUUCGCUCUUCCGUCCUCAUCAUCUCCACCGACCCUGCUCAUAAUCUCAGUGACGCAUUUCAGCAGCGUUUCACCAAAAUCCCCACUCUCGUCAAUGGCUUCUCCAACCUUUAUGCCAUGGAGGUGGAUCCUACCGUUGAUCAUGAGGAUAUGGGUGGCGCUGAUGGGAUGGACAGUUUGUUCUCCGAACUAGCCGGCGCUAUUCCCGGAAUUGAUGAGGCCAUGAGCUUUGCUGAGAUGUUGAAGUAUAUGGUUAAUGAGAGGGGAGUACUCCUAUCGCAGGUAUUCUGCCUUCAUAAUUCUAAGGUCAAAACGAACAUAAACUUAUUGGUCCAGACCAUGGAUUAUUCUGUUAUUGUAUUUGAUACUGCUCCCACUGGUCAUACGCUCAGACUGUUGCAAUUCCCAACGGUUUUAGAAAAGGGUCUUGCAAAAGUAAUGUCUUUGAAAAAUAAAUUCGGUGGUUUGUUUAAUCAGAUGACUCGUAUGUUUGGCAUGGGUGAGGAUUUUGGAGAUGAUGCAAUUCUUGGGAGGCUUGAAGGCAUGAAGGAUGUAAUUGAACAAGUUAAUAAGCAAUUCAAAGAUCCGGACAUGACAACCUUCGUCUGUGUUUGUAUUCCCGAAUUCCUUUCUCUAUAUGAAACAGAAAGACUGGUUCAGGAACUUGCAAAGUUUGAAAUUGACACCCACAAUAUCAUCAUUAAUCAAGUAAUCUUUGAUGACGAAGAUGUUGAAUCCAAGUUACUUAAGGCAAGAAUGAAAAUGCAAAAGAAAUAUCAGGAUCAGUUUUACAUGUUGUAUGAUGACUUCAAUAUUACCAAGCUUCCAUUGCUCCCAGAAGAGGUUACUGGGGUUGAAGCUCUGAAAGCGUUUUCUAGACAUUUUACAUCACCAUAUCAAUCCUUAGCUAGUGGAGGAGACCAUGUAGAACGGUUACAGCGCAAAUUAGCAGCCCUACAACGACAGAUACAUGAGACUGAGGAAGAAUUGGAGAGAAACAGAAGGGGCAUCUAGGCUUUGACGGUCUCUAUCCAUGAAUAAUGUCAUUAUUGUACGCCUUUUUGUUUAACAUUAUUUUUUAGCUUAUAUUUGAUAAAGCAUCUUUUUCUUUGUUGGCCCGCCAACACAAGUCAUUCUCUAUAUGCUUUCAUUUUAAGGUCAUAGUGAGCUUUCUUAUGUAACUCCAAAAGGUUAUUACUGAGGUUAGUCUAAUUUGUUUCAUGAAUAUUCUUUACUUGUCUUGUAUUUUUAUAAUUCAUAUUCUGGGAUGGAUAAUUUCUUAUCAA